CUCUCUCUCUCUCUCUCUCUCUCUCUCUCUCUCUCGGUCUCUCUCGGUCUCUCUCUCUCCGGAAAGGAGCAGCCAGGCUGAGGUGAAGUGUGUGUGUGGGGGGGGAGAAGUUGGCGUUCUAUUUGUUAAAAUACAUAUUUGGUUCUGAAAUUCAAAAGAUAAGUAACCCAGACGGGAGCGAAAGGUCUUCUCCUUACGCAACUCUCCCUACAUUCUCCCCCUUGUCCACCCCUCACCCCCUCCCAAUUGUAAAUGUUUAAAAAAAAAAAAAAAGCUUCCCGAAGAUCUACUCUGGAAAAAUCAAAGCAUUAUCUAUUAUUUAACACGUAUCUGUGUCCGAGGAAAAAUGAGGAAGGCGCUGCAUGAUUAGGACCUAAGGGGCAACCCAGCAAACUGAGAGCGUAAUGAUGCCCCUAAAUGAAGGGGGAAAUGUGCCGCGGAGCGCUCUAUUAAUCAGACUGUCAAUUUCACCCCCGAGGCCAAACCCCCGGGCGAGCAGAGCCGGCUCGGAGCCGGCAAAAGACCGGAGCCUUCCUCCUCACUUCUUGUCUUUUCAAGUCUCCUACCUGGAUCUAUUUGUCUGCUCCGAAGCCGCCUUCAUUACCCACUGACAGGAGCGUGUAUUUAUUUGCUUAUAAACCUGUUACAAUAAAUGAUUAUUCGAACGGCGUCAUUCGUACCUUAAUGACGAGCGAGCGCUACUUUUUGAUGAAUGACAUCUUGGGCUCGGAAGGAUGUAUGGGUCAUUUUGACCAGUCAUUCCCUCGCUCUGGCAUUCCACAAUUUUUCCGCCUCCCUCCAAAAGAGAUAAUAAUAUUUAGAGGCGCUCGCUGGGGCUGAAUGAGAAUUAGCCCUAGGCGCAGCCCAUCAUUAGGACGGGACGGCCGGACCACUGUGACAUUUUUUAGAAAGCUGAGAUGAUGGAAAGGAUAAGAAAAGAGAUGAUUCUGAUGGAGAGAGGGCUGCACAGCCCCACGGCCGGCAAGAGGUUCUCCAAUUUGUCCGACUCGGCUGGCAAUGCUGUCCUCGAGGCCCUGGAAAAUUCGCAGCACCCGGCUCGUCUCAGCCCGCGCCUGCCGUCCGCCCCCCUGCACAGCGCUCUGGGAGAUCUCCCUGCCAAGGGCAAAUUCGAAAUAGACACUUUGUUCAACCUGCAGCACCCGGGCAGCGAAAGCACCGUCUCCUCCGAAAUCGCCUCUGCCGCGGAGGGCCGCAAAAAGCCGGGCCAUUAUUCGGAGGCGGCCGCCGAGGCGGACAUGAGCAGCGACGUGGAGGUGGGCUGCUCCGCGCUGCGCUCCCCCGGCGGCCUCGGCGCCGCGCCGCUUAAGGAAAACAAUGGCAAAGGGUACGGCGAGAGCGGCUCGGCCGCGGGCACCACGACGUCUUCGUCGGGCUCCGGCCUCGGCAGCCUGCAUGGAGGCGGUGGCGGCGGGGGCGCGGCGCUGGGCAGCUCCGGCUCCGGUGCGGAUCAGGUGCGGCGCUACCGCACGGCGUUCACCCGCGAACAGAUCGCGCGCCUGGAGAAGGAGUUCUACCGGGAGAACUAUGUGUCCCGGCCCCGCCGCUGCGAGCUGGCCGCUGCGCUCAACCUGCCCGAAACCACCAUCAAGGUGAUUAAUUUUACUAUACGACCGGGAGAGAGAGCCGGGAGGCUGGGCGCCUUGCUGAGCACUUCACGGAGGGCCCGGCGCUCCAGAGAAAGGAAGCGGGAAGCUCCACGGGCGGGGGUGUGGACUCUCCCUCGGCUUCCUCGGGCUCUCCUUUUAGGGGACCAGGUCUGCAUCAGAGGCCAGGCUGGGAGGGGGAGAGGCCCCUUCCCGGUUUAA